AUGGCACGGGCUCGACUCCCAGAAGAAGAAAGGGACGCAGGCUACUGCCAACUGUUCGUCGAAACUCUCCACGAGCAAGCCCUAACCUGGUUUUCCCAGUUAGAAGAAAACUCCAUCGGAAGCUUCCGCGACUUGUCAGCAGCUUUUCUCAAGACUUACAUUAUGUUCACCAAGCGCAGCGCUACUGCCUCUAGCUUGUGGAACCUCAACCAAACCAAAGACCAGAGUCUUCGCGACUACAUGGAGAAGUUCAAAACCGUAGUCUCAAGGAUUGACAUUCCAGACGGUAUCGCCAUUGACGCCUUGCGGAACACGUUGUGGGUUCGUUCUAAAUUCCGAGAGGAUUUAUACCAAAACCCAACUACGUUACUCCAGGACGCUAUCGCACGAUCUGACAGCUUCAUCAAAAUGGAAGAAGAUACUAACGCCAUUCUCAGCAAGAUGAACGCACCCAAAGCGCCAGCGGCUAAAAACGCCAACACGCGACAAGAACCGCGCCAGCAUGCUCCAACCGACAAAAACGGCCGUAAAGACGGAUACAUGUAUGUCGUCAACGAGAACAACGUGCCGGUUUUAACUCUCGUAGUCCGCGGCGAGGGAUGGAACAAGUGGGUAAGGGAGCUCGAUUCGCCCGACAAACCAGUCGAUAGUGUUUGCACCACCCAACCUACAGCCGGAGCCGGGUCAGCAGCGGGGCUUUCCAGGACCGUCGAUCUCACCAAGCAUUGCAAAUAUCACGACGUCAAGGGACAUGAUACCACAUAA